CAAAGACCCAUUUUAGCCAAGACAAAUAUUUAGAAAAAAAUAAGAAAUUCAUUGAUACCAACAAAAUUAUAAAACGUCAAAAAACCCUAAAUCUUAAAUGAAGAGGUUAUGGAGGUAUUAAUAAUUGAAAAAGAAGUAGAUCGUUUUUAAUUAUGAAUGAUUAAUCGAAAUUAGCAACGUACACAUUUAAAAAUGUAAUCAGAUUAGAUAUUGGCUCGUUAUUUGUUUCGGUAAUGUGUUAUAAAAGAUACUUAUCUUUGAGUAGACGUAAAAUCUCAUUUUUCGUCGCUCCGCUACUAAUAACAUCAAUUAUAUUUAUAAUAUACCAGAUUUCCAUAUUUGUACAAAUAUCUGAUGGGUAUAAAAAAGCGAAUUUCGGUUUAAAAUUAGUCAGAGGCACUCACGAACAACAGGCGAGAUUUUAUGAACCGAAUAGCCAAAAUAAAUUCGUGUGUAUCAGAAGUUUAGAAGAAAUUGAUUUUAAAAUGGUCAACGACGAUUAUUGUGAUUGUUUGGAUGGGUCCGAUGAACCUGGUACAAGCGCUUGUGGCAACGGUAUGUUUUUUUGUAGAAAUCAGGAACAUUUUCCUAAAUCCCUACAUUCUUCUAUGGUAAACGAUGGCAUUUGCGACUGUUGUGAUGGAUCUGAUGAAUGGAAAAAUGAAGUGCUUCUACACAAUUUUGAUAUUGUGCUUCAGAAACGAAUGCACAAAUACCACCCACCUUGUCCAAAUGUUUGUUAAAAUGUGCCUUAUUUUGUUAAUUAACCUAGUUUUAUAGCUAUUAAUUUAUGUUCACCAUAGUAGUAAGUGAUAAAUUUUAAAAAUAAAAGUUUAAUAUAUAACAAUUUAAUUCAUCUUACCAAUUACAGAAAAAGAAAGUUUAUUUUUCUAUAUACAUCAACAUUUUUUGAAAUACACCCCUUUGGCAUUUUGUACAGGGUGACUGAUGGGGACUUGGCCAUUUUUAAAUGAACUGUACAUUAGUUAGUGUUAUAUGGAAAAUUUAAUUUUAAUACACAAAAUUGUUUAUCAUUACAUGCAUUUGAAAUUUAAUAAUAGUAACAAUUUUCAAGCAUUUUUACAAACAAAAAUGCGAAAAACAAAGUACAAAGAAUUAAAAAAAUGUAAAUAAAUAGAGAACUUGAUAAAUGAAUAAUCUCUUGUUUCAAGCAUUAGACUAAAUACUAAACAAUUGCACUAGAACUACAUAUUGUAAAGAAAAUAGAAAUCUAUAUAUAGGGUGAGUCGAGAGGAACCCUACAGAGACUUCUACUAUAUGUAGAGUACCUAGGGGGUAAAAUGAGCAUUAAAAAGUGGCAACUCCUAUGCGUUAUUAAUAUAUGGGGUGUUUUGUGAAUUUUUAAAAACAUUUAUAUGGCCGUAAAAUCUACAAGGAUUAGAUUUAUCUAAUUUUUGGGCGAAACUGUCCACUGAUGUCUAGCAUUUAAUUUAUAUCCUCAAAAGUUAAAAAUUCCAGGAUAGGCUUAGGAAAUUAGAAAAUUAAUCUCGAUGAUUCAUAUCAAAAAGUUUGACCUGUAUAAGUUUUAAAUUAUAAUAAGAUUUAUAAAGUCAAAACUGCGUAUAUUUGUUGGAAGAUAUUCUAUUUUAGUAAAAGUACAAAAACCAUAAUCACCUUAAAUUUUCCCAAGUCAA